GCACAGGGCUUCCUGGAGCUUCUGCCAGCCUGGCACCACCUGAUGAGAUGCUUUGUACCUGAGCGGCGCAGGACGAGCUCCACACGCCUCCAUUCUUACAGUUUAACCACAGCCUCACACUUUGGAGUUUGACCCCAGAUGCAGAGUGUCUCCGAGCCAAAGGAAUUGUGCUGCGUGCGCCCCUUUCUCCGUCUGCCCCGGGUCUGAGAAGACGCAUCUGGCAGGCACUGGCUUUCAUGCCGAUUACCCAGAAUUAUCAGCCCUGUAUCCCGGACAAUGGAGACCACUACUCCCCAGAAUAACGGAACGGGGGACCUUUUCCCCAAGAAGUCUCUGGAAGUUGUGGACAUUGUGGUCCUAGUAUUGUACUUUAUCUUUGUACUAGGAGUUGGCUUAUGGUCCAUGUGGCGCACGAAGAGGAGCACAGUGAAGGGUUAUUUCCUGGCAGGAAAGGACAUGGUAUGGUGGCCUGUAGGGGCCUCCUUGUUUGCUAGUAAUGUGGGCAGCGGGCAUUUCAUUGGCCUUGCAGGAUCAGGAGCAGCUUCCGGGAUUGCGGUCACAGCCUACGAAUGGAAUGGUCUCUUCUGUGUCUUGGUGUUGGCCUGGUUGUUUCUCCCUAUUUAUAUAUCUGCUGGGGUCACCACGAUGCCCGAGUAUCUACAGAGGCGCUUUGGAGGAAAACGGAUCCAGAUUUAUCUCGCUAUCCUUUACCUGUUUAUCUACAUAUUCACCAAGAUUUCUGUGGACAUGUACGCGGGCGCACUAUUUAUCCAGCAGGCUCUCCACUGGGAUCUCUAUGUGGCUGUGAUCGGAUUACUUGUCAUCACUGCGAUCUAUACCGUGGCCGGAGGCCUGGCUGCCGUCAUCUAUACAGACACGCUGCAGACAGUCAUCAUGAUCAUCGGGGCGCUUAUUCUCAUGGCCUUUAGCUUUAUAGAGAUUGGCGGCUAUGCAGAGCUGGAAAAAUUAUAUUUCACAGCGAUCCCAUCCAGUCGCACGGAGAACAGCAGUUGUGGGGUCCCCAGAGAAGAUGCCUUUCACCUCUUUAGAGACCCAGUCUACUCAGAUCUGCCCUGGCCUGGUGUCCUGGUGGGGAUGACCAUUCCAUCUAUCUGGUACUGGUGCACAGAUCAGGUGAUUGUGCAGAGAUCCCUGUCCGCUAAGAACCUCUCCCACGCUAAGGGCGGCUCCCUGCUGGCGGCUUACAUCAAGUUCUUGCCCCUGUUUAUGAUGGUGCUUCCUGGAAUGAUCAGCAGGGUCCUCUUCACAGAUCAGGUAGCGUGUGCAGAUCCCGAACUCUGCAAGUCAAUCUGUGGUAACCCGUCUGGAUGUUCCGAUAUUGCCUACCCCAAAAUGGUGAUCGAAUUACUGCCGACAGGACUGAGAGGUCUGAUGAUGUCAGUGAUGAUCGCUGCCCUCAUGUCCUCGCUGACCUCCAUAUUUAAUAGUGCCAGCACCAUUUUCACCAUGGAUCUGUGGCGUCACAUCCGCCCACGCUCUACGGAGUGGGAGCUGAUGAUCGUGGGGAGGGUCUUUGUGCUGGUGUUGGUGGCCGUGUCCAUUCUGUGGAUCCCCCUGGUCCAGGCCAGCCAGGGUGGUCAGCUCUUCAUCUACAUCCAGGCUAUCAGUUCCUACUUACAGCCCCCUGUGGCUGUGGUCUUCAUCGCUGGCUGCUUUUGGAAACGGACCAAUGAAAAGGGGGCAUUCUGGGGCCUGACCAUAGGAUUGGUGGUUGGUAUAAUCCGUAUGGUGCUGGACUUUGUCUACGCAGCACCCCGCUGCGAUCAGCCUGACACGCGGCCGGCGGUGGUGAAGUACGUACACUACUUAUAUUUCUCUAUGAUCCUUGCAUUGCUGACUCUCAUAGUCGUGGUAUUCGUCAGUCUGUGGACAAAGCCCCCUACCAAGGAAAUGGUCAGUGGCCUCACCUGGUUCACACGUUUCAGUAAAAGAGAAGGAAGCCCAGAAAUAAGAGGGGAUAUCAGAGAAAACAAUGUGGUAGAGACCCCUGACGAGACGAACCCCUCUGAAGAUGAUGGUAGCGACAAGUCCACAGAUCAUCUGCCCUUCAGGAUCCGCCUUAAGAAAGCCAUACUCUGGUUAUGUGGGAUGGAAAAGAAUACUGACGAGGAGGAUGAGACGGUUGCCCCAGAAGAUUCCCCUGAAGUUUUGCUCUAUGAGAAUCCGGUGGUAAAAAACAUCCUGAACAUUAACCUCCUCGUCUGCACGAGUGCUGCAGUCUUCCUGUGGGGCUACUUUGGCUGAACGAUGACACACAUUUACCCCCCCAGGGCAAUUUCUUUUUGGGCAGAGCACAGUACCGUCAUGUGAAUUCAAUGUGAAGGUUGUUCUGCAGAGCGUUAUCUUCAGACUGCGUUCUUCUAGCAGGGACUGUUGGGUGCGCCAUGACCUCGCAGAGCAGGGUGUGUGGCAUGAAUUUAACAUCAUAUGGUAAAAAUAGAAAAUAAAAAAAAAAGUAAAAUCUAAAAUGCCCCCCCCAAAAAAAUACUUACAUCUGUACAGGAUAGACAUUCCUGUAAUUCAUAAAAAUAAUGUUACUCAGUUUUUGGAAUUGCAAAAUAAAACUAAAGUGGCAGAGUG